AUGUCGUCGGGUACUGUUAACUUCCCCACCAUUCUUGUAACUGUCACCUGUAAUCCGCGCAGGUGUGUCCGCACCCCCCUGAGUGGACGAGAAAGAAAGGAUUUCUCAGAGCAACCCCCCAGGAAAUUCAUACGCUCCACGGACAGAGCAAAAAGCGGAGUCUUGGUCAGAGCAAGCCGACCUAUUCUAUUACCAGACAUAAUUGGGGGAAGCUCAUCCGAAACUAGAGCUAGAAAGGCCUUAUUUCGUUUCGUUCCUGUUCUUCAUUUCCUUCUUAUCGAAAAAAAGGGGGAUUUCUCAUAUUUAGAAUCUUUCUGCGGUGUGCUCUGUUUACUAUUCUUUCGUACUUUCUUCUCUUUACCACGCGAUAGGUCAGCGAAGCGUGAGCGGGCGCGGAGAAGGAAAGGCCAAAGACUUCAGCCUAACGGGAAUGAGCAAGGACGAAAUGACAAGAUGAGGCGCCCUGGGCACCCCCAUUUAGAAAGAAGGGCCGAAGUUUUUGGGCCUGUAGCUUUACCCGUCCCCCCUGAGUCGGGCGGUGCUUGUGUGGGGGGUGCGCCACCAGAAAUCGGGCUUGAAGCUCUCACCUUACUAAGCUAA